CUUUGUCUCUCCCUCCCUCCCUCCUUCUCUUCCUCUCUCUCUCUCUAUGACUUUUGAGAAGAAACUCGUGAAGGAGGAGCGCCAGGAGCGUUCUCCUUCUUCUUCCUCACCAUUCACAUUCACCACCAAUAAAAUUUCUAUGUUUCCAUAAACCCAAAAAAAAAAAAGGAAUCUCUAUCUAUAAUAAACACCCACCUCCACUUAUAAUCCUGACCAGAAAAUCAGAAUUUCAUCUGGGUAUAUGUUAUUUUCUACCUACUGUAUCACUUCUGCAUGAUCUUUUACACACAAAAAUUAAGGAAAACAAAUAUUCAAAACCAUGGGCUCUGAACCAACUCCUACACCUAAGCUCUCAUUGCUUUCCCUUCCAAGCAAGCCACAAGAGUCACCUGCAGGGAUGUUGACCCCACCAAUCCAUACCUUAGCUUCAGUUCCAUUCCAGUGGGAAGAAGCACCAGGCAAGCCCAGACCCUUGGCCACUAACCAGGUGCAUCCCAAGUCCAAGACUGCAAGGUGCUUGGAAUUGCCUCCGAGGAUGUUAUGUGAAGCCAGAGUCAAUAACGUGCCCUCACCUGCUACUGUCUCUGAUGUACCUGAUUUGGGUGCUCAACAUCAGUCCCUUCCUCGCUCUAGGUCUUUGUCGUUUGGGAAAGGAAUGUCGUUGUUCAGUAGAUUUGAGAACUUGGGCAGAAGAGACAAUAAAGGGGGAGCCAUAUCUGGGUCUAGCCGUUGGGGAAGUUUCAGAAGGAACAAACAGGUUGUUGAGGGUAGUGUUGAUAUUUCAACAUCUCCGGUUGUUGAUCGCGGCUGUGGUGGUGGUGGUGAAGGUGUUAGUACAAAGGUGAAGAUCACAAGGAUUAGAAGGAAAUCAAGCUUCUUGAGUUUCUCUUCUACAAGAACACAUUUGUGGACAAACAUCUAUGAAAGUUUUAAGCAGGUGGGACUUUGGAAACGUAGGCAGCAGAAAAAUUGACAAAGAACACAAGCCGCCAAUUGCCAACUUUUGAUCUGGUUGAUUUGGUUACAUCCCCAACUCCAAGUGGUCUUCUCUA